UGUGGCUCGGCGUGAUGCUCCCGGUGCUCGGCAUCAAGGCACUCUCCCCAUACGCUGUCUCCUACCUGGACCGCCUGCUGAUGAUGCACCCAAAUCUGACCAAAGGCUUUGGCAUGAUUGGACCCAAGGAUUUCUUUCCUCUCCUGGACUUCGCCUUCAUGCCCAACAACUCGCUGUCACCUAGCCUGCAGGAGCAGCUGCGGCGGCUGUACCCACGCCUGAAGGUGCUGGCGCUGGGUGCGAGGCCGGAGACAACGCUGCACACUUACUUCCCCUCCUUCCUGUCCCGCGCCACACCGAGCUGCCCGCCUGCCAUGAGGAAGGAGCUCCUCACCUCCAUGAGCCAGUGCCUGAGCGUGGACCCGCUGAGCUUCAGCGUCUGGAGGCAGCUCUACACCAAGCACCUCUCCCAGUCCAGCUUGCUCCUGAACCAUCUGCUGGAGUCCUGGGACAGCGGCAGCAGGAAGGCACGCCAGGCCCUGCAGGAAACCGUUCGCUCCUUCAAGGUGACCAACGAGGAGCUGGUUGCAAAGGGACCUGGCAGCCAGCAGGACGUGGCUGCGUGUGACACUGCCUGCAAGCUGCUGCUGCAGAAGAUGAAGGGCAGGGGCUUCCCCUGGUCCCGGCUGCUGCUCGUCCUCCUGGUGUUCGCCGCCGGUUUCCUCAUACACGAUGUCCAGACACACGGCUCGCUGCAGGCCUCCGCCUCUGCCCACGUGCUGCGUUCCUCCGGCAUCCUGCCCGCCUGGCAGCACGCCUGGCACAAGGCAGCCCACUUCUGGCUGGAGAGCUACAGGUGGCUGGAGAGGACGCUGCCCGCCUGCUGCUCCCGUGCCGCGGCUCUCCUGCAGCCCACGCUGCAGCCGCUCUGGGCGAAGGCGGCCGAGCUGACCCUGCACAUCAGCAAGCAGUGCUCCGUGUACCUCUCCUGGGCCGGGGAGCGCCUGCCCUGGCUGCUGGAAUGGCUCCAGUCCCGGGUCCCCGACGCCAUCCUGCACGUCGCUGAGUGCAUGCGGGAGCUGCUGCUCUUCCUGCUGCGGAGCUGCCUGCUGCCGCUGCUGGAGCACGUGGCCGCUGCGCUGCAGCGGGGUUGGAAGCGCUGCGUGGAUGCUUGCGACGGAGAAGUGUCGUGGGACUGCGUGAGGGAGCACCUGAGCAGCUUUACCUAUUCCUCCUGGGUCUACCUGCAGAACACAACCAUUGCCCUCAAGAACUGGGCCCUGGCCAUGAUUUCUGGACACUGAGCUGCCCCCGGGGCAGGAGCACGCGGUGCAGCUGCUGUUGCUGCCAGCAGGGACUGUCUCCUUGUCUCUAUGGGGCCUCAGUGGGUGUCCUGGGGGCAUGCGGUCGGAUGUCAUUGGGUGUCCCCAUCCUGCGGGGAGAGCGGUGUCGGGAUGUUUCCCCCCAACCUGGGGCAAUGAAUGGGCUCUGCACCCCCCGU